AUGCAGGCCACCUCGCUCUUCACCUGCUCCACCCACCUCUGCGCCGACUCGAUCGAAUCACUGCCGGGCAUCCAGGGCGUCUUUGCCCUCGCAACCUACCAGGUAGACCAGCAUGAGCUCGACGCACAUCGAGGAAAGGCAGGCCAUGACCGCCCAGAUGAUGCACAGGCAUGUCACGCCAAUGGCGACGACGACGACGACGACGACGACGACGACGACGGCACGCCGAGUCGGGGACCGGCCUACUCUCGCAGAGGGACCUGCUCCAUCCGUACCGCCGCACCCACCCCGGACGGCAACAUGACCAGCCAGGUCGUCGACCAGCACUCUAUGCCCGCCAUCCUCGACACGAAGUGGUCCCUCGCCGACCUCACACCGACGCCAUCAGCAUCGACCGCGGUCCCGCCCUCCAGAUCCCUCGGCACGCUGGGCGUGGCCAACGCCCAGGGCCACGUCACCAUCCACCGCCUCGUCCGCUCCACCGGCGCCGACACCGCCAACGCAUAUUGCCUUGACGAGCUGGCGAUCCUCAAGAUCAACCACAAGAACGCCCUCUGCCUCAGCCUCGACUGGUCCGACCGCACAGGCGGCCAUCACCACGGCUAUCCUGACGCCCAGCUCCAUAGGCGCGAGGCCAGCAGCGACGCCGCCCUCAUCGUCAGCCAGAGCGACGGCUCGCUCGCCUUUCUGCCGAGUGUGGCAGAGGCGCUGCAGUCAGAGAGCAUAGAGGAUUCGCUGGCCAGCACGCAUCUCGAUCAGAAGCCUGCACCUGCACCCGCCUCUGACGACAACGACGACGACGACGACGACGAUGACGACGACGACCGGAAUUCGUCCGACGAGCGCGAGGCGAUGCACCGGGAUCGACAUGACCAGCUCAACCUGGCCUACCCCUCGAGGCCGCGCGGGCUGGAGACGUGGCACGCGCACGACUUUGAGGCCUGGAUCGCCGCCUUUGACUGCUGGUCGGGCGGCCAGGUGGUGUGGAGCGGUGGCGACGACUUGGCCAUGAAGGGCUGGGACCUCCGCACGCCCAACACGGGCGCGGGGCGGCGACCGACGUUUGCCGUCACACGGGGCUUCGACGGCGGCGUGACGUCGAUGCAGAGCCACCACCUGCGCCAGCACCUCUGGGCCGUGGGCAGCUACGACGCCAACGUGCGCCUCUUUGACGCCCGCGCUCCCCUCCGCCCCGUCUCGGAGACGCCCGUGGGAGGGGGCGUAUGGAGGACAAAGUGGCACCCGACCGACCCGUCGCUCCUCCUCGUAGGGUGCAUGCACGACGGCUUCAAGGUCCUCUCGCUCCCCUCGAUUGCCCAGCUCGAGCCCGGCGCCAAGCUGCAGAGGGGCGACGAGAUGGACAUCGUCACCCGCUUCGACGACCACGCCAGCCUCGCCUACGGCUGCGACUGGGAUCGCGGCCUCUCUCCCUCGUCAUCGUCGUCGUCGUCGUCAUCAUCGUCGGCGGCGAAGCGCAACGUAUACAGCUGUUCUUUUUACGACGCCACGAUGCACAUCUGGUCAAGCUGA